UGCUUCCGGAGAUUCUGGGGGGCGGCAUGGAUGGCUAUUAGCCAGGAUAUUUGCUGCCUUACAGGACACCUCUCAUCUCCCCAGAUGACUGGGUCUGGCACACUCUCCCAUCCAUCCGUGAUGACUGUAGACAUUUCUUAUUUGGGAUUGGAUGUGCCCAAUCAGACAGAACGUGAAGGAGAAUGCGGGAGAGAAAUAGUUGUCUUCGUUUGGGAGCAGGAGGCGUGGAGCCCAACUUCUGCCUAGAUCUUUGUGGCACUGGCGGUGGUCGUUAAUGGAGCCAGUGCGGUCAAGGUUGAAGACAAUGCCAGAGAAAAAAACAUGAGUCAAUCGACGGCACGAACUGCGUAGAAUCUCCUUGAACCCGCUGUCGAUCCCUUGGGCUUCCCAUCAUCUAAGCCUAACGAAGGUUUUUUGGUCUCCUAAAGACACUCUAUAAAGUAUUGGAAGCUAAAGGUGAACACUCUUCGACACAGGAUCACGAACAACACGUUCCUGUCUAAACGAGUGUUUGUAGGAAAAGGUAUAGUACUUGUGUGUCGAGGAAUGCUCCAAUUUUAGUUUGAAGUUGUUGCUUGCUUUUGAUUUUGUCGAUCCAAUUGUUUUGGACUGGACGACAAAUAUUGAUAACUGCAAAUUAUCUGGCGCCAAGUUUCUCCUAUUCAGUCCAACACAAUAGAUCUCGCUUAGCAUCGAUCCGGACUUUAUGGUUCAUUCGACAACAUGAGCUGUUGCAUCCGGUCUGAGUGGGAACGUCUUUUGUAAGCAGGGUAUGAUCUCCACAAGGUACGCAAUCAGUGCGAUGUAGCUCAAGCUGAUCCACAUACAAGAUUAGUUGACGAUCAGACGUGGUACAGUCACACCAAAAAAUUUGGAUAGCAGUGCUGUUUGGUCUACCUUGGGCCGAGCUACUUGGGUGAUAGACGUAUCAAAUUGGACAGUAGGGAGAUGAAAUGACCACGCCAGACAAAGAAUGUCGAAAAGCUUAACCAGGUGCUAUGAAAGAAUAUCAUUGAUGCAUAAUGAAAGAAAAGAGACGUCUGUCCGGGUUAUUGAAUUGUGAUAUUGAUGGCUGGCUGGCUGGCUUGCUUGCUUGCUGGAUAGGUAGAUAUAGAUCCUACUAACAAAAGCAAAAAUGACGAGUUUCAUGCAAACUAUCGAUCCCAUGAACCGCACGGACG